AUGGAAGAAAACUAUAAAGAAAAUUCUAAUUCUAUGCGUUUUCAUGGAUCAAAUGAAGAAAAUGUGCAAAAUAAUUCAUUUUUUUUUGAUCACAUAAAUAUUUCGAAUAAAACAAGAAAUUCAUUUAGAUCACGUUAUCUUGUUGACCCAAAUAAAGUAUUUCAUUAUAAUGCAUGGGAUAAUGUAGAAUGGGAUGAAGAACAGAAAAAAAUUGCGGUUGAAAAAAUUAAAGAACAAAUGUUAAAUCCUGUUAUUGAUAAGAAAAGAUAUACAGUUAAUCCUUCUUUUUUUUGGAAUAAAUUUUAUAAAAAUCAUAAAACAAAUUUUUUUAAAGACAGAAAAUGGUUAUUACAUGAAUUUCCUCAGAUAUAUGAUUGCAUUAUGCCUAAUUCUGGUGAAAAAUAUAUUCUAGAAGUUGGGUGUGGUGUAGGAAAUACUAUGUUUCCUAUUUUAUUGCAAAAUAAGAAUCCAUUACUUAUAAUCCAUGGUGUUGAUUAUUCAAAAAAUGCAAUUGCAAUAAUAAAAAAGUCUAAUUUAUUUUCUGGUGAUAAUGUUCGAGCAUCUAUUUGGGACAUGGCCAAUCCAAAUGGAGAACUUCCUGAAGGCGCAAUUAAUGUAGAUAUUGUUAUUCUCGUAUUUGCAUUUAGCUCAUUAUCUCCGGACCAAUGGGAUAUAGCUAUUUUAAAAUCAAAUGGUAUUAUUUUGUUUCGAGAUUAUGGACGCUGGGAUAUGACGCAGUUACGUUUUAAAGGAGAAAGGCUUCUUGAAGAAAACUUCUAUAUUAGAGGAGAUGGUACUAGAGUAUAUUUUUUUGUUCCUGCUAUAGAACAAAUACAAGAAAUUUUCGGAAAGUUAUUUAAAAUAGAAAAUAAUGAAUUAGAUAAACGGCUUUUAGUAAAUCGUAGUACUAUGCAAAAAAUGUUUAGGGUCUGGAUUCAAGGAAUUUUUAGAAAAAUUUAA